AAGAAAGCCAAAAGAAAACGACUAGCCAAGUAUAUGCCAGAAUACAGGGAAAAAUAAGGACAUUCUUGUGGGGAGACCAUAGUUUACGGUUGAAAGGCAGUUAAACAUAUCAAUGCAGAUGGCAAUCAGUACAGAUACUGAAACUGAGAUAGGAUGGACAGAAACCAUUUAAAAAGGCUGCUCAGAUGAUGGAACAAUUCAGUUCCAUCUUUGACUUCACUGACAGACCGGACAAUAUCCCUCCGGCCAGCUGCAUUUCAUAGCAGCCAGGGCAAAGAAAACAACAACAGAAGGUCUGUUGGAGCUGUUUGCACCCUACUUUUGCUGGGGCUGUAAUGAGAGCCAUGCCCGUAAAUGCCCACUUGCCCUCCUUCCUCUUGGCACUUCUGCUCUGUGCCUAUGUCUGCCAUUCUCCUGCAUCAGCUGCCACACUCCACUUCAAGGAAGGGGAAAGUUGCUACAAACCAAUGCCACACAGGAUUCAAGGAGUUAGAACUUACCCUCGUCCACAUGAAUACCUGAAGAUGUCAGAAAUCCCCAAGAGGUGGGACUGGCGAAAUGUGAACGGCAUCAAUUAUGCAAGCCCUACUCGGAACCAGGGCGUCCCACAGUUCUGCGGAUCUUGCUGGGCUCACGGCAGCACCAGCGCCCUGGCCGACCGCAUCAAUAUCAAGAGAAAAGGGGCCUGGCCUUCUACUUUUCUCUCCGUUCAGCAUGUUGUGGAUUGUUCCGGUGGUGGGAGCUGCAAAGGUGGAAAUGACGUUUAUGUGUGGUUAUAUGCCUAUCUCCAUGGCAUCCCGGAUGAGACCUGCAGCAAUUAUGUAGCUAAGGAUCAAGAUUGCAAAAAGUUUACAGCGUGUGGAACAUGUGUUAUUUUCGACAAAUGUUAUGUGGUAAAGAACUACACCCUCUGGAAAGUGGGGGAUUUUGGAUCUAUCAGUGGGAGAGAGGAUAUGAUGAGAGAAAUCUACAAAAAUGGACCAAUCAGCUGUACAAUUAUGCAGACUCCAAAGCUGGAUGAAUACAAAGGAGGCAUUUUUACUGAAUACAAUAUGACAGCAAGGGCAAACCACCUUGUCAGUGUUUCUGGCUGGGGAGUAGAAGAUGGAAUCGAAUACUGGAUUGUCCGCAACUCUUGGGGCGAGCCCUGGGGGGAACGUGGCUGGUUUAGAAUUGUGACGAGUGCAUAUAAAAAUGGAAAAGGUAAUGCCUUCAACUUGGGUAUAGAAGACGACUGCAGCUAUGGAGACCCUAUCAUACCUUGAAUCUGCAUUUGACCUGUUUUUGCAUGCCUGUCUUCUGGAAGAAAUCCCACAGAAUAUUUUCUUUCUUUCCUUAAACAAGUAGGGUUAGCUUUUCAGCUGUGCAAAAUAGCAAUACUAUAAUAGCCUUGAUUCAUAUGUUUGUUUAGUUACCUUUUCUAUUCAAACCUUCCCAUAACAUUCACCCAAAGGAGCAGGAAAGGUCAGGGGUGGGGAGAGGAGACUGUAUCAUGUGUGGCAUGCCAUGCAAUGUUCUAUUUAUAUGUCUCAUUUUUGGGCAGAGUUUGAGAGCCUAAGAAUGAAAGAGAGGUGAAGUACACAAUUAUUUACUAAAUUUCCUCCUCUUCAAUCUUUUUCCUAUAUGCUUUCCAAAUAUAAUUCUUUUGCAUUUCA